AUUUUUCAUAAAAUAAGUCGUGACCCUCCUGGCAGGAAAUCCCCCGUGGCCGUGAAGAAGGAGGAGGAGAAGAAGCCGCACAUCAAGAAGCCUCUGAAUGCCUUCAUGCUGUACAUGAAGGAGAUGAGGGCCAAGGUGGUGGCCGAGUGCACGCUGAAGGAGAGCGCGGCCAUCAACCAGAUCCUGGGACGGAGGUGGCACUCGCUGUCCCGGGAGGAGCAGGCCAAGUACUACGAGCUGGCGCGGAAGGAGCGGCAGCUGCACUCGCAGCUCUACCCGACCUGGUCAGCAAGGGACAACUACGUACGUGUGACCCCCCCACUGACCUGGAGCUGCACCUGCCUGGAGUUAAUUUAUGAGGAGGAUCUGUCUGUGUUUUCCAGAUGCCCCGCCCCACAGAGAAAUGCUCCGCCCGAAUAUGCAAAUAUAAUACCGUCUUCGCUCCCUCCCCGCUCUCGCGAGAGCCGCGCCCGGAAGCGGUCGAGCCGGUGCUGA